UCUGUCUCCCGCGGCGCAGAGGGCGGGCGGCUGCACCGCGAAGCCAGCGAGCGCUUCGCCGCCGGCUACAUCCAGUGCAUGCACGAGGUGCACACCUUCGUCUCCAGCUGCCCCGGCAUCGACGCCACCACGGCCGCCGAGCUGCUCAACCACCUGCUGGAGUCCAUGCCCCUCAACGAGGGGGGCUUCCCGGACUUGAUCGCGGACGUUUUGGCAGAUCCGGCCCUCGGCCCCUGGCCCGGCAGCGAGGCGCUGGCCCCGGCGGCCGAGGCCUCCCUGGGCCUGGCGCUCCCCGCCUCGGCACCCUCGCCCUCCCCCAGAGAAGAGACCUGCUCCGACUCGGACGAGGCGGAGGCCGAGCCCGGCCAGACCUCCACCGACGGACUGGACGCUUCCCGGACGCGCGGCCUGCCUUCGCCUAGCUCACCCAAAUCGAUGUGGAGACCCUGGUAA